UCUCUCAACUUGAAGAGACGAGUAAUGCAAUCCAAUUCCGUGACGAGUAAUCUUUCCGCUGCUCCCCUCACAGCGACCUCUUCGCUUCUCAGAGUCUGCAGUGGGCGCGUCGCGUCCUGGUAGUUAAAGCCCACGCGACGCGACACUCUCCGAGAUGGACAGCUAGCGUAUCCGCCUCCGCCGCCCUCGCCGCUGUCGCGUGCCGUCCAAACAUCUCAGAGUCUCACCUCCAUCCAUUACCGCAACCCACUUCCGUCACACUCGCUAUUGUCACAUCGCCGCCCAUCCUUUCCGCUCACUUACAUCACAAUGGCGACCCGGCCGCCCCCCUCUCGUGACGCGUCGUCCCCACUCCUCCUCCUCGUCCUCCUCGCCGCGACUACCGCCCUCCAUGCCCCCCCCACUCUCGCCGCGCAAUCCCCGCCGUCGCCAAUCCCGUUUGUUACCACUACCCCCGCCCCCACAGCCCCUUCCGCUCCGCUCACCCCCCCCGCCUCCGCCCCGCCCGCCUCUGCUCCGCCCGCCUCCGCUCCGCCCGCCUCCGCCGCCGGCGCGUGCCCCUUAACGGGCAAACUCCCGCAGAAGCCCAAGGUGGUGCCGUCCAGGUGUCCCGCUGCUGCUGAGCUGUCGUGCUGUGAUUCGUGCACGGAUCUGAGCUCGGCUCUGAUGCUUGUGGGCUCCACGCUGGGCGAUCUGGUAACGGCUAUCGACCCCGCGCUGCUGGAUUUUGUCAACGCAACUAUUAAGAUUUGCGAUCUGUUCGCCGGCCAGAUCAAGUGCGCCCAGGCUAUGGAGGACCUCGUGUGCGCCGCCCAGUGCAACCCCGACGCGGGGAGAUACAUCAAGACCGUUGGUGCCGGCGCUGCUGCUGCUCCCACCAUGACUGUGUGCCCUGCCUUCGCUGACAAAGCGUUCAACAGCUGCCAGGGCCUGUCAGUGGGCGAAGGCAUUAGCCUGACGACCUUCAUUCCAGAUGCGGCCAAUUUUAUCUCGAUGGUGGCGGGAAACAUUGUGAAGGUGCUGGGAGUGAACAACUUUAAGGCUAGCAUUGGCAAGACCAACUGUUUUGCUGGCACAACGGUAACCCCGCCCUACAUUGCGUGCUGCGACCCUCUUGCCGUCCCCCCCACCUGCCCUGCCGGUGCCAUCAACACCACCAAGUACCGCCCCUUCAUCAACCGCCCUGUCAACUCCGCUUCCUGCCAGGCUGGAACCCGCCCCCCGCCCGCCCCGGCCCCUGCACCAACACCCCCCCCUGCGCCUACUCCCGCCUCCUCUCCUGAGUUUUCACCUGAGUCGACCCCUGCUCCUGCUUCUUCUCCCCUCGUUGACCUAACCCCCUUGCCUCCCGCCCUUCCUGCUCCACCUGCCCCCCCUGUUCCAGUCCCCUCUGGCACACCUACUGCCACUGCCCCUCCCCUUCCCUCCCUCUUAAACUCGCCUCCCUCUCCCCCCUCCCCUCCCGCUCCCUCCCCUCCUCCUGAAAGCAAGCCUGCCUCCCCUCCUGCAUCUGCUUACCUCACGCCUCUUCUCUUCUGCUUGACUUACGCUGCUGUGGCCCUACUGCUGGCACCUGCUGUGCUGCUAUAGCUGGCCUUCCCACACUCUGGUCGGCUCACUCCCCUCCUGCAAGCAAGUCUGCCUCCCCUCCUGCAAGGAAGUCUGCCUCCCCUCCUGCGUCUCCUUACCUCACGUCUCCUCUCCUGCGUGACUUGCGCUGCUAUGGCCCUGCCGCUGGCGCCUGCUGUGCUGCUAUAGCUGGCCCUCACAAACACAGGUCUGCUCUGCUCACUCCCCCCCUCCUCCUGCAAGCAAGCUAUAGCGCUGCUGCUCACACCUGCUGUGCUGCUAUAGCCAGCCCUCCCAGGCACUGGUCUGCUCACUCCCCUCCUGCAUCUGCUGCUUACCACAUGCCCCCAAUUUCCUUUCAUACCUGUGCUGCUAUGGCGCUGCUGCCAACACCCGGUCCGCUGCUGCUAUGUUAGGCUAGCUCUGACUUUCACUCAAACUUUUGGAUAAGGAGAUUCUAGUUGUGUAUGCGAUAGCUAGUGGUACUUGAUUGUCUUUUGCUUUUCCUUCCUGAAAUUGCAAGAGAGGAAAUAACCCUGUUUUAUGACGCUACGCUGUGUUGCCGAAAGAUUUUGAAUUGGGCAAGCAAGCAAAGC